AAUAUCGAUAUAUGUAGUAUUAUCAAAAAUACAAAUUCCAGAUUAUUAAAUCAGACAAUCGGAUAUUGAAUCAAGUUUUCAAAUGUUUAAACUAUGCUGGUCUGUAAAUGAUCUCGAAAACGAAUUCACACGAAAAAUUGUUUAAAAGUUCCCCAAAAACUCAUUAUGGCAGUUCGAUUUUAGAAUGACUACAAUAAUAAUUAAUCAUACUCGUUAAAAGUGUAUUUAUUUUAGUUGAAGCAACAUACACAUUUGAUUUGUUUUUUAAUUCCAUGGAAAUGACUUUGAAGCGACGUUUAAUUUCUUUAUGAAAUAAAAAGAAGAAUUCCGUAAUUGAAACAAACUCUACACCAAAUGAAGAAUCCAAAUUAUGAAAUGCGACUCAGCAUGAGCCAUUGUUUAUUAGUAAACACAGUUUCCAAACAAAAUGUCACACAGUAAACAAAUUGUUGGAUAAGAUUGAACAAAGAAUAAACAUUCAUCGCCGAAAACAGCGUUCUGUAUGGGAAUCAGAUAGUAAAUAUUGUGUUUAGUAUCAUGAUUGAACGGUUGGAUAUUCUAUGUUUUCAGACAAAACAAAUGUGUUUGAUUUUAGCUCGAAACAAAUUGAAACCCAUUUUAAUUACACCAUCCGUGUAAAUCUGUCUACUACGUAAAUUUAUUUAACCCAAUGGUUGGCACUCCAACGAAAAUGAUUUACACAUUGAUUUACAGUUGCAUUCGGUCUACUUCGUUCGGACAAUUGUUCCUUCAUUGUCUGCUGUAAGUGGAAUCAUUGGGCGCGGUGACGUACUAUAUGCUUGUGUGAGAUACAACACAUUUUCCGCGCACAUUCAACUCACGCAACCCAAACAUUUUGUGCUCAUACACACACACACAUACUCUCUCUCUCUCUCUCUCCAUCCCUUCGGUGAAAUUUCAACUAUUCGUCUAUUUAUUUGUCGAGUAAUAUUUGCAAGUGUUGAAUUGCCAGUGAAAAGGGAAGUUCAUUCGACUGCAUACUAUCCGUUUCCCAUUACAUUUUCCUCGUUUCAUCGGUACUGAGCAAAUCAAGCACGGCGUCAGAGUCUUCAUAAUACUAAGGAACAGAAAACGGGCGCAGGAGAAAACUAUGGAAAUCAGCAAUAAGGUAGCACUCGUAACAGGUGGGGCUUGUGGCCUUGGCCGUGCUUUUUGUGAGAUGCUUUUGAGUUACGGUGCAAAAGUUUCAAUUUGCGAUUUAGAUUCGGAUGCAGGUGAAAACGCGUGCGAUGUGCUCGGCCAAAAGUUUGGCAAAGAACGGGUGAUGUUCUGCCAUUGUGAUGUCACAGAUUAUGUUCAGUUCGAAGAGGCAUUUCAAACAACAAUUACCGAAUUCGACCGAUUGGACAUCGUGGUGAACAAUGCUGAAAUAAUGAAUGAUAAAUUUUGGGAGCUCGAAGUAGAUGUGAAUUUGAACGGCACCAUUCGUGGAAUGUUGCUUGCUCUACAAUACCUAGGCAAAGAUAAGGAGGGCCAUGGUGGCGUUGUCAUAAACAUUGGAUCUGCACAAAGCUUUCGUCCACAAAUUUCGACACCCAUUUAUUGUGCAAGUAAGCACGCGAUUUUAGCACUCUCCAAAUCCUGUGGGGAUGCAUAUCACUACAAUAUCACCGGUGUGAGAGUGAUUGUACUAUGCCCUGGCGUAUUACAUCAUGACGCAUCGUCUUCCGCUUUUGGGAAUCGAUUCAAAUCACCAAGCCAUGAAAAGGCUUGGCAAUUGGACAUGAAAGGUGUUCACCCGCAAAAGUGUGAACAUGUUGCCAAGGGUUUAAUCUCGAUCAUCCGAGACGCUAAAAGUGGUUCGGUUUGGUUGAUUGCUAAUGAGAAGGCACCAAAGGAAGUUCCUUAUUCCAGCAUUACCAUGUAAAUGCUCAACAAGUUUUGCAAUAAUGGUGAUAACCAUUCCAUUUUCCACUCAUUAUAUACAAGCGGACACAGCCCAUUGCAUUCAUAUCGUGGAAUUGAUGAAAAUCCUAAUUUUAGACUAAUAAUUGAAUCAUAGCAUAAAUAUUUAUCGCUGUAUUGCUAGCAAAAUAGACAAAAAGAAAUUAUUUUAUGUGUGUCGCGUUUCUUUGAUAUUGCUAAUCCACAGCUUAAGUUAAUGCCAAAUUAAAAAAAAAAGGUGCAUCAAUGCAAUCCCUUAGUUAAAUAAAAGAAAAAUUUCCUACAAUGACAA